UUUUUUUUUUUUUUUUUCUGACUGCAAAAUUCAAAAUGGGGCUCAAGGUAUUCGUUUCAUCUACACCAGAGAAGGCAGACCGAGUGGCGAGGCUUUUGUUGAACUUGAAUCAGAAGAUGAAGUCAAACUGGCCCUGAAAAAAGACAGAGAAACUAUGGGGCACAGAUAUGUUGAAGUAUUCAAGUCAAACAACGUUGAAAUGGAUUGGGUGUUGAAGCAUACUGGUCCAAAUAGUCCUGACACGGCCAAUGAUGGCUUUGUACGGCUUAGAGGAAUCCCCUUUGGAUGUAGCAAGGAAGAAAUUGUUCAGUUCUUCUCAGGGUUGGAAAUCAUGCCAAAUGGGAUAACAUUGCUGGUGGACUUCCAGGGGAGGAGUAUGGGGGAGGCCUUCAUGCAGUUUGCUUCACAGGAAAUAGCUGAAAAUGUUCUAAAGAAACACAAGGAAAGAGUAGGGCACGGGUAUAUCAAAAUCUUUAAGAGCAGUCGAGCUGAAGUUAGAACUCACUAUGAUCCACCACGAAAGCUUAUGGCCAUGCAGCGGCCAGGUCCGUAUGACAGACCUGGAGCUGGCAGAGGGUAUAACAGCAGUGGCAGGGGGGCUGGCUUUGAAUGGAUGAGGCGUGGUGCUUAUGGUGGAGGUUACGGGGGCUAUGAGGAUUAUAAUGGCUAUAAUGAUGGCUAUGGAUUUGGGUUGGAUAGAUUUGGAAGAGACCUCAAUUACUGUUUUUCAGGAAUGUCUGGUCACAGAUAUGGGGAUGGUGGCUCUACUUGCCAGAGAACAACAGGGCAUUGUGUAUACAUGAGGGGACUACCUUACAGAGCUACUGAGAAUGACAUUUAUAAUUUUUUUUCACCACUCAAUCCUGUGAGAGUACAUAUUGAAAUUGGUCCCGAUGGCAGAGUAACUGGUGACGCAGAUGUCGAGUUUGCAACUCAUGAAGAUGCUGUGGCAGCUAUGUCAAAAGACAAAGCAAAUAUGCAACACAGAUACUUAGAACUCCUCUUGAAUUCUACAGCAGAAGCGAGCAGUGGUGCUUAUGGUAGCCAAAUGAUGGGAGGCAUGGGCUUGUCAAACCAGUCCAGUUAUGGCGGCCCAGCCAGUCAACAGCUGAGUGGUGGUUAUGGAGGUGGCUAUGGCGGCCAGAGCAGCAUGAGUGGAUAUGACCAAGUUUCACAGGAAAACUCCAGUGAUUUUCAAUCAAACAUUGCAUAGGCAGCCAGAGAGCAAUGAACAGCAGCUACUACAGUAGUGGAAGCCGAGCAUCUAUGGGAGUGAACGGAAUGGGAGGGAUGUCUAGCAUGUCCAAUAUGAGUGGUGGAUGGGAAAUGUAACUGAUCCUGAUCACUGACUCUUGGUCAACGUUUUUUUUAAAAAGUUUAACAGUUUUGCAAUACAAGCUUGUGAUUGAUGCUUACUCUGAGUGGAAAUCAGGAUUGUUUUAAAGACAUAAGGUUCAGUAUAUUUUAACACAAACAUUCAUCUAGGAAGUAACAACGGAGUAAACUAUAACUGUUAAACAAUUUUCAGCUUUUCUCUAGUUCUAUUGUAGGAUGUACUUAAGCAGCAAGUGUAUUUAGGUUAAAGCAGUUGAAUUACGUUAAAUGUUGCUCUUCUACCACAUUACAUUGAACACUGUAGGGAUGCAUGUUGAAAGACAUGCUUUUUUGUAAAACUCAGUAUAGGAGUUGUGUCCACAAUUAAAAGUGAACACAUUUGGCAUGUUUGUUAAUUCUGGUUUCAUUUAAUAACCUCUAAGGCACGUAAGUUGAAGCUUUUUUUUUUUUUAAGUUAAUGGGGGACUUUGUGACGCAACACCGUACGUUAGGAUUUUGGUCUUGGUGUUUGUAUGAAAUUCUGAGGCCUUGAUUUAAACCUUUCAUUGUAUCGUGAUUUCCUUUUAGGUGUAUUGCACUAAGUGAAACUUGUCAAAUAAAUCUUCCUUA